AUGUCAAGUACUAAUGGUCCUAAUUUCGAUCAUGGGGAUAUUGCCUGGGUUUUGGCCUCCACAGCUUUAGUGUUUAUCAUGGUUCCGGGUGUAGGUUAUUUCUAUAGUGGUAUGGCCCGUAGUAAGAAUGCUUUAUCUCUUAUCAUGCUAAGUGUGUUAUCAGUUGCUGUUGUAUCUGUUCAGUGGUGGUUACUUGGUUUUAGUUUAGCUUUUGGUUCAUCUUCAAGUCAUUUCAUCGGAAAUCUUGAUCAUGCUUUCUUGAGAGAUGUAGAUAAUAGAACUACUUCUAUGGGCGUCACUACUAUACCUAGUGAUGUAUAUGCAAUUUAUCAAUGUAUGUUCGCCGCUAUCACUCCUGCUUUAGCCAUUGGUUCUGCCGCUGAACGUGGUCGUAUUAUUCCUAUGAUCAUCUUUAUUUUCCUUUGGUCUACUUUAGUUUAUGAUGUAAUUGCUUGUUGGACUUGGAAUCCUGAUGGUUGGGCUUCUAAAAUUGGUGUUUUAGAUUAUGCUGGUGGUACCCCUGUUCACAUUGCUUCAGGUUCUGCUGCCCUUGCUUAUGCUAUAGUUCUUGGUAAACGUAAUGGUCAUGGAACUGAUGAAUUUAAACCUCAUAAUGUUGCUAAUGUUGUUCUUGGUACUUCUUUACUUUGGUUUGGUUGGUUCGGUUUUAAUGGUGGUUCUGCUUUAGCUGCUAAUGGUCGUGCUGCUAUGGCUUGUGUUGUUACAAAUUUAUCCGCUUCUGUAGGUGGUCUUACUUGGUGUUUAUUGGAUUUUCGUUUAGAAAAAAAACUUUCUGCUCUUGGUUUUUGUUCCGGUGCUGUAGCUGGUCUAGUAUCAAUUACUCCUGGUUCUGGUUAUGUUGAUUAUCCUUCUGCUGUAGUUUUCGGUUUUCUUGGUGGUUUUGCUUGUAAUAUGGCUGUUAGACUUAAACAUGUUUUUAAUUAUGAUGAUGCUUUAGAUGUAUUUGCUGUACAUGCUGUUGGAGGUUUUGUUGGUAAUAUUCUUACUGGUAUUUUUGCUAAUGAAUCAAUUAUUAAAAUGAUUGAUCCUACAUUAACUGGUGGUGGUUGGAUAAACAAAAAUUGGAUGCAAGUUGCCUAUCAACUUUCCGAUUCUGUUGCUGGUGAAUUGGCUUAUUAUCACGUUGAUAAACUAGUUACUCAUACUAAAAGAACUAGUGGAAAUGGUUAUGAUGACUCCGUUAAACAAUCAACAAUGAUGUAA